AUGGGAGGCGUUCCGCAAGGCAGUAAGCUGGGACCUAUUGCUUUUGUGGUUAAAAUUAAUAUGUUACCUAGUGUUAUAGCAGAAGCUGUUGUAGGAAAUGGAAAUAAUGAUGUCGUUGUGGAUGAAGAUACGAUUCUCUUCAUGGACGAUACAACGAUUAGUGAGGCACUGGAUGUUCACAAUCAUAUCUCUGGCACGGAAAUUGGUAAUAUACCCCAAAAAAUUAAUUCGGUAAAGAAUUUUGCGGAAAUUGAGAGAAUGGAGUUAAACCCAAAAAAGUGCAAAGAGAUGAUUAUCGACUUUCGAAAGGAUAGAACAGCUAUUCCUGCAACAGAAGUCGAUGAAUGCAUCCUAGAAAGAGUAAGCUCUUAUAAAUUACUUGGAUUGUGGUUAGACGAUGAUCUAAAAUGGAGAACAAAUACGGAAUACAUUGUCAAAAAGGCAGCUAAACGAUUAUAUCUUUUAAAAAAUUUAAAAGGAUAUAAUGCUCCGCGAGAUGACUUGAAAACUAUUUAUACUUCGGCAAUUCGAUCAAUCGUAGAAUAUGGAGCUCAAAUUUGGCAUGGGAGUUUGACAGAGGAACAAUCUAGGGAUAUAGAGAGAAUUCAAAAGCGUGCAAUGAAAAUUAUAUGCCCGGAAAAGAAUUAUGAACAAGCAUUAACUGAAUGUGGUAUUAAAACUUUGGAAAGUCGAAGAGAGUUAAUGUGCAUAAACUUGAUAAAGGAUAUAAAGGACCCUUCACAUAAACUCAAUGAUUUGCUACCACCAACUGUAGGUCAAUUACGGGAGAGAGACACGAGACUUAAUGUAAAUAAAAUUUACAAUUUUAAAUGCAGAACAGAGCGCUUUAGAAAUAGUCCUCUAGUAUAUGCUAUUCGUAAGUACAAUCUCAAAAUUGAUGAUUCUUAA